CACAUUGAUGAUAAAGCCAGUUGGUCAUUACACAUCAUGUAUUGUGGUAUACUACACUAACGCACAUUACGCAUGCGCAUGUCGGAUUCGUCAUUCAUCGUUCGCUGUGGCCGACAUCACGAAACCGUCAUUUUCUAAAAUCAGUUAAUUUUGCCAACGAAUUACCGCAUUACUAAUUAUAGAAAAUGCCGACCCCAGUGUUAACUAUAGAGCCGCAAAAUGAACUCAAGUUUAAAGGGCUCUUUGAGCAGGGCUACACGACGUACAUGCGGCUGAUAAACCCGACCACUGAUACAGUCUUGUUCAAGAUUAAGACCACCGCGCCUAAGAAAUACUGCGUGCGCCCCAACUCUGGCGUACUUGAACCAAACUCCAAAGUGGACAUAGCCAUCACUCCACAGCCGGUGUUUGUCGACCCGAAUGACAAGCACAAACACAAGUUCAUGGUUCAGAGUGUUAUUGCUCCAGAGGGCAAGACAAACAUAGAUCAAGUUUGGAAGGAAACGAGUCCUGAUCAGCUUAUGGACUAUAAGCUAAAAUGUGUAUUUGAAACGCCUCGCGGUACUAAUCUCAACGACGCCGGUGACGUACCGGCGCAAAACGAAGUAUCUAAGAAACGAGUUGCGGUUGCAGACGACGCGAAGACUCCAUCAAAGGACGCCGUAGAAGGCCUAGUUCAAAACGAGCCUAAGAUCAAGGACGGUGACCACACAUCUGGACCUUUAAGCGAAAACGCGGUUUCUACGGCUUUGUCUUUCCCCAAAUCGGAGAAUGCUGAAAGCGACUUGCAAAAAGCGACGUCAGAGGUGAUUCUUUUGAGGGAGGAGGAGAGCAAGCUUAGACAUGAAAAUCUACAGUUAAAAGAAGAGCUGCUGCGUCUGCGCCAAGCGGGAGGCGAUGGUCGCGGCGCGGCGCGGCGCCACUCGUACGGGCCGGAGAAGCAAGCGCAGGCGGCCAUGAUGCCGUGGCUCGCCACUGCCGUCGCCAUGGCCCUGCUGGGCAUCAUCAUCGGCAAGUUCCUCAUGUGAACGGUAUCGUUGCCGCCGCGGUGACCGGACGCCUCACACUCACCGCUGUUCCACCACUCCCAACGCCUCUUCCUCGCACAAGGCAGCUUCACCUUCAUUUAACGCCCCUCUGGCCAUGCUUCAGUCGAGAUACGCUCCUGCCGAGAGCUGUGUGACUAUGCUAGACAAUCCUCUUCCAUAGAACAAUCGGUGCGAUCCAUCCGUUCGAUUCCGGUACGAUUUCGUUCGCCUCAAGCAUAAGAAUAGUUAUUUCCCGGCUCUUGAUUUAUAAAACUCCUCAACAUUAUUUCAUUUGUUUUUGGAUCUAAUUAAACAUUUGCUACCAAAAGCAUGUAUUGUAAAGUAAUCAUUUUUGUAAAUCAACCGUAUAAAUAGUAAGUGUUUGUAAAAAGAUUUAAUUGAUAGCUUCUCUUUAUGUGUAUUUGUGUCACAAUUGUUUGAUAUAGAGAGAUAUCUGUAAAGACUUGAAUUGAAUAUUUAGAAAAUAUCGUGGAUGAGUGUGACAUCGUCGGUGUACAUUUAGGAUUCGUAUUAAAUUGAAGCAUUAAUAAAACUUAGAGUAAAUAUAAUGUACACACUUGAGUAAUUCCGCUUUCAUAUUCGAAUAGUUAAUAAAUAUGUAGAGGUUUUAUAGCAUUCAUGGUAUACUGUAUAAAGUAGGGCAGUUAUAAAAUUAAUUGUUUGUUAACGAGCAGACACCAAAUAUUUUCCACGAGGUUUGCCGAGGGAGCGCUUGGUAUGUCUUAUUCAUAAAAAGGUCUCAAAAGCACUUUGCCUAAAACGGUAGGCUAAAAAGGUUUGAAGUUUGUUGUGUUAAGGUUAUUCGAGUUUCCUAAGGCUUAUAGGCUAAGAAGUCGGCGUGUCGUUAGCAGAGCCAGGAAUAUUCGAGAAGCCUUAUUAUAUAGUUAGGGGUCAUCCAUCAAUUACGUCACACGAAUUUCUAGGUUUUUUGACCCCUCCCCCCUCCUUGUCACACUUGGUCACAUUGGGCACACCCCCUCCCCCCUGGUGUGACGUCACAUUUUUGGCAAUUUUGUUUUCAAAGAAAUCGGCGAAUCGAAUUAGGUAUUAGUAAUUAUUUAUCAAAAUAUUUUUGAAAAAAAAAAAUUAGUUAUUUAAACCCCAAACUGAUUAGGAAAGAAAAUUAAACGAAUAAAAACAAUAAUCGUCCCAAAAACUUGUUAUUUAACUGUAGAGCGAAUUAAAAUUAAAAAUCGGUUACAGAUGAACUUAAAGUGACGUCACAAAGUUGUGACUCCUCCCUUGUCACAACAUGUCAGAUUUUCUUGACCGCCCCCCCCCCCCCUAAACGUGUGAUGUAAUUAAUGGAUGACCCCUUACGGUAUGAAUCAUAUCUUGAUAUGCCUUUUAUGAAUAAGGCCAGUGGAAUUUGUUUCUUAAAUCGUCAAUGAGUUACCUCGAAAACACCUACGCCGUGCGAGUGAAAAAGAUAUGUGUAAUGUGUAUAUCAUAUAAAAUACUGAAUGGGCAUGCUCCAAAAUUUUAUUAGAAGAAAUAUGUCACUAAAUAUUUUAAAUAAAUAUCUUGCUCAUUCCAUUUUAAAGAAAUAUCAUCGGUUAAAAUAUUAAUAAAUUGUAAUACUAAUUACUUAGUUUUUUUACUUAAGAGGCCGUUAUCGAUUUUAGUCGCAAUAAUGUCAAAUUGAUAGAUUUAGCGCAUGAGAAAGUACACCUUUUGUUAACUAUUAGAAAUAACAAGUGCUGGUUUCUUUUAGCACGUCUUGUUAUUUUUCAUUUUAAUAAAUCAUUUUUAUGAAAACAGAGUCACUUAAUUAGUAAUGAUUUUUUUUCUGAUGGACGUUUAGAUAAACGCGCGUAAAGCAGUGCAGCAGCGCAGCUUAUUUGUAAAUUUCGUAAAGUUUGGACUGCUAAAAAUGGUAAUUUUGUAUUACAUUUUAAUACACUACAUUUUUGUUAUUAUAAAUUUGAAGUAGUGUAAAUUAAAGUUAGACGAAAUCAAUUUUCUCCAGAAAUUACUUCAAAACAAGUGACAAUUUCUCUGAAAAUCGAUUUAAUUUCAAUGCAAUUUUGAUACUUAAACAAUCUACAACAUUUGCUGAAACCGGUUUUAUACAUCAUUUUGUAUAAUUUACUACCAUAAUUUUUUGAUGAAUUUUUAAAAACUGUCCCUUAACGUCACAUAUUAGCGGGGACGCACGCUUGCGACCUCAUUAUUAAAAGGCAAGAUGAAAAAACGUGGUAAUAGAAACCAAUACUUGUUAUUUAUAUAUUACGUAACAAAAGGUGUACAAUUUCAACGACUGAAUCUAUCAAUUUUACAUUUUUUUUCUAAAAUCGUUACCGGGCUCUUUACAGUUUACCGUUUAGCAAGCUGACUAAACAAUUCUAUUCAUACAUUUUUCAUUUUUUUACUCCACAAAAAAUUGGCCCAUCCAGUAUUUUUUUCGUAUUCGCCAACCAUACCAGUUACUUUCGAUGUCAUGCAAUUAGUUACAUUUCAAACUAUUUUUGUUUUUAGUGUAUAUUGAACCUGAUUCAUUUCUCCAGAUAUUUGCAGAGCUGAGAAUGAAUACACUGUGAUUUUUAUUUCGCUAACUUUAGAACUGUGAUAUUGAAAAUGAUUGUCUGAUAUCUGAAUUUAUUUAAUUCCUUAUAAGAGUAAUGAUGGCAGUUGUAAAAAAUGAAUACCGUUAUGGUAUGUACUUUUGUAUUUAACGUGCGCUAUGUUUUUGUAAUAACAUGCGCUACGCCGUUCGUCAACAAACUGUUUUGCAGUUUGGCGAAAUUUUUGUUACUGUUAAUGUAUGUGUUUUUUUUUUAUAAAAUAAUAAAUAAACAAUAAAAAAUGUUACUGGUGUAAGGAAUAUUUUGGCAUUUAGAUAGAAAUAUCAGCGUCUGUAUGUUUAAACAACCGGUUUAAACUUACUGUUGAUAGCAAGUCGAGAGUUCUGUACCUUUUUAUGUAAGGAUAUCGACAAUGCCAUGGACAUUAAAAUUGACCACUCCGCAAUAUUUUUCGAAGUUUAAGACGAAGUUUGUUCAAAACCUGACCAAGUAUAAAGAUGGUGUUGCUGUUAUCUUGGCAUAUAAGUUAGCGGAAACAAUAACUAUCACGGUGUAUAAGCUCCAUGGCGUCCCAGCCGUCUGCCUAACUUUUGUGUACCAAGUGUGUUUAUUUCAUUAUUUAAAAAAUUGGAUAGCUUGCCUGAAUGUAUAGGAGGCUUAAGUAGAUUAACAAGCAUUUAAUUAAAACAUUGUCUUGUGAAUACAUGUGACGUAUUUUCGGUUUGAUUUAUAUACCCAAAAUACACCUAACGCGUUGACAAUGGAGUCGUUUCAGAUAUGAUUGAGCAACUUGUUCACCAUUUGCCAUGAUACAUCUGAUGGCGACGCUAUGUCGGCCGUUUGACUAAGCGCAACAUUUUUUAAAACUGAAGUUUAAACUAUUUUUUUUUGUAUUGUCUAGUGUAAGUAGUGUGCACGUUGCAUUAAGGUGGACUAACGUUUUUUUGUCACUCGUUGCCAUGAAUACGCUUUGCGGGGUCACUCUUUAAUUUAAACCAUGGUCUUAUAAGGGCUGUCCCUGAAGUAAAGAGACAAAUUUAUUAUCAAAAAAUCUGGUAAACGUUAAAAGUUAUAAUUUUGGUUGAAAGUUGUAAGAAAAUUAAUUAAAUUAUUAAGUUGAUAUCGGUUUUGCGCCCACAACCUCUUAAAAAUAUUUUUUUCUUAAAGUGUUCGCGGCCCGUCACCUUACGGCUUUUCACGAUUUUGAAGCCACUCCUUUGGCCAUACAAAAUGUUUCGUCAAAAAAUUGGCUUUUGAUACAAUUUUUUGGUUCUAUGUUACAUCUAUAUGACUGAAUGGAAAUUAAUGAAUGGUUGUAUGGAAAUAUUGCCUUCAUGAACAUCACUGGGGUUCGCCGGAACAUUGGUUCAACAAUCGUCAAUAAACGCAGAGUACUCUUUUCAGUUAACUUGCAUAAACUUUUCGGCUCUCUUUUUGCACGUUUCUCUUGAUCCUUUAUAUGUCUAAAAGCAAUUUGGUUCAUAUAUGUUUUUAAACCUAGAUCGUUCCUUUUUCAUUCUGGCGACAGACAGCUUUGAUACUUUUAAUUUAUCCGCUGCCACUCUGACGGACGUUAACGGAGUCUUAUUAAAAAUCGAUUUAACUCUGUUAAUGAUUCGAGGUAGCGUGAUUGUCCUAUUUCUUCCCGAAACCUUAAAACUAAUCUCAACCGUUUCUUCAUAAUGUAUUUUUAUUAUAUAUAUAUACUAGUUUGUCUAGCUCUUCCUUGAAGAAAGUGUUUGAUAAUAUCUUUUUUAAUAUGAGACUCGUAAAAUAAAGGCAAUUGUGAAAAACCCUAAGAGCAUGUGCUUCAUAUUCUGAUGCUUAAAUUUGAAAAAACGAAUAAGCAAUAACGAAAUUCCCGCUUGAAAUAACAGACAAUGAAACCAUAGAAGCAAUGACACUAAAACUUUACUAUUGUUUUAAUAAAAUUUUCAGUCAGGAAGACUUUGAAAGUUGUCUCUUUACUUCCGGGACGCCCUUUAGUAUAUAAAUUCAACAUGCAUUUAUUAAUUAGAUAUAUUAUUUCCUUUCCAUAAUAAGCCAGUAGCCAGUCGAAUGUGAUACAAUAUAUCUUCUAAAAAACUGCUACGUUUGUCUCUUGGCCGACGCGCCCGAAAAACGACAAAAAAUAGUUGAUCCACCCAUAAAGAUUAUUCUAAUACCGCCCUGCAUUUGUUAUUAUUAACCUCGUCUCUUGUAAAUAGCGAUGACAAUGCUGCAAAACACGCAAAUUACGGCUAUUUUACAUGUUGAUCGAUGGGUUUUACCCUAGUCGUAUUAUCCGUAAAGUACAUUUGUUUCUAUUCCAAAAAAUAUUAUUAUCUGUAAAAAAAAAUUAUAAACAUACCAUGAACCAAAAUUCAGCUGAAACUAGCAUCCCUUUAUUUAGUCAAAGCGGAGUCACGCAGUAUUUUCCCAAUUUCUCUAGUCUUUACUUUAAAAAUUACAACGAAUUUUACGUAACACAGUAUUAAACUACGGCGUACUCAUAUCGCACUCGCGCAUAUUUGACUGAACGAUUGCAUACGUCGCAGAAUACUGAAUACUAGCCUUGGCAAAUCGGUGGACAGAGGCAGAGGCCUGUUUGAUGACGAGUGCACGCCGGGGGAGGAAACAGCCGGUGAGCAUCCUUACUUGCUUAAAAAAAGCUAUUAGACUUGAAAGCGACCGGUCGGUGUCCGGACUUAUCGUUAAUAUUUAAUGUUAUUUAUUUUUGGACAAAGCAAUUAAUGGACAUAGUUUAGAGUCGAGAAUUUCGGGUCAGACUAUAUGAAUUCAUGAUUAAAUCUGACUGGAUGAACUGUAGGUUUGGUUGCUGCUGAAUUAUUUACCAGGUACCACGGUUGAUGGGGUCAUUUGGUGUCGCCUAUGUUCAUAAAAUUAUUUGUGUUGUAACGCCACCUUAUUAUUACCUAAUCCUAGUAUUCUAAAAUGUCAUGUCAACGCCCUUGAUUGUAGAUUUGUGUCGGUAUAUUAGGAAGAAUUCUCUCUUGUUUUCAUGCUGCAUUUUUAUUUUUAGUUACCUGGCGUAAAUUAGAUUUUUUUUUCUUAUUGACUCUGAUGGAUUAAAACUUUUAAAUGUCGUUGUUUUUAAGCUUUCGUAUACCUUAUUCAAAUUAGAUGUGGAAUUUGCAAAAAAUAGAAUGAAUAAGUUAAGCACUUUUACUAAAAAGACAAACUAGGCUCUUUCAUUUCAAUAGGUUAAAUAAAAACUUGUUACCACAUCUUCCUGUUUGAAGGAACUGUGUAUACAACAAGUUGAAGCUGUUUGGUGAAAGCAACUAUCACCAACUACUGCUUGUCAGGCGGUACUCGGCUUGUUAAACGUUUUAUUCAUUUGAUGUAAGUGAUUGUGUUAUUACUUAAUAAUAUGUAAUGUAGUGUAAUUACCGAUUGCAUAAUUGUUUACAUCGUUACGGGCGAACACCUGAGCCCGCGGGUCACACAGACUGCCGACGGUGUGCUGUCGGCCACUCGUAUGUACUUGUACAGCACACAGCAUAUAGCUCGGUGGUAAUGCUUGCCUGGUCUGCACAUUUACGCUCGGCCGUUUUACUCGACGGUCUGUGUGUGCCCCUUAACUUGUUUUUAUCUGAUUUAAUACUAUAUUACCCAUAUUAUUCAAUUCAAUUCCACUGUUAGAGCUUUGCCUCCUAUUUUUAGAGAUGAUGAUUUCAUUGGGAAAAGGUUAUUUUAAUGUCAUUUGUUUUUUUUUUUAAUUUAACGGAGACUAUAGUUUAAUUAAAAUAUCCGUAUGGUAUUGUUGUUAUACUAUUAUGCUAUAUUGUAUCGUUUUCUGAAAUAAAAUACUUAAUUUACGAUA